UUUUGGUGAUCUAAUAGUUUUUUUGUUGUUUUAAUAUAUUAUUUAAUAAUAAUAAUAACAAAACUAUAUAUUCAAAAUGUACUCAAUCACAAGAAAUAUUAGAAAAAUUACACCAAUUUGCAAAAAUGGAUUAAAAUCAUCAUCAUUCAUAAAUUCAUCAAGAGUUACUAUUCCAAAUAGAACUUAUUCAAACCAAACAUCAACCAAUAUUGCCUCAUCAACCUUUUCAAAAACCCCAUUAGGUGUUAUGUCAGAAGAAUUAUUUUUACAACCAAUUAAUCCAGCAACAUGUUCACCAAUUACAGAUUUAAAAAUUGAUACUAAAAUUUCAUUAAAAGCAAAAUUUGAUGCAGCAUAUCUUUUCAAAGAAGAAUGGAGAAAUGUCGAAUUAUCAGAAAAGAAAUUAAUGAUUCAAAGAUUUAGAGAUAAUUUAAUUCAAAACACCGAUUCCAUAGCCGCUACUUUAACUAAAGAAACAGGUAAACCAAUUACCCAAGCUACCAAUGAAGUUAUUGCAGUUAUUGAACGUAUCAAUUUCUUUUUAGCCAAUAUCGAUUCAGUAUUAAAGGAACAAGUUGUUAGAACUACAGAAAAAUUCCAAGAAAAGAUUGUUAGAGAACCAGUUGGUGUUAUUGCUGCUAUUUCAGCAUGGAACUACCCAAUUUUCAUUGGUCUUAAUGUUAUUAUUCCAGCCUUACUUGCUGGUAAUUGUGUCUUAUAUAAACCAUCAGAAUUCAGCUCUUUAACCGGUAUCAGUAUUAUGAAUUGUCUUUACGAAGCUGGUGUUCCACAAGAAGCUUUUCAAAUUGUUUUAGGUAAAAAGAUUAUUAGUCAAUCUUUAUUAAAUCUUCCAAUUGAUGGUGUUUACUUUACUGGUAGUUAUGCCACCGGUAAAAGCAUUAGCGAAAAUUUAGCUGGCCGUAUGAUUAAACAACAACUCGAAUUAGGUGGUAAAGAUGCCGUAUAUGUUCACGAAUCUGCCGAUCUUAAAACUGCCGUCGCUUCAAUUGCUGAUGGUGCUAUGUAUAACACCGGUCAAAGUUGUUGCUCUGUAGAACGUAUUUACGUCGAUAAAUCAAUCUAUGAUACUUUUGUCAAUGAAUUGGUUCAAGUCGUUAAAUCAUUCAAAUUCAGUUUUGACCCAACCAAUCCACAAACUUAUUUCGGUCCACUCACCCGUGGUGUUCCACAAAUUGAACAUUUACAAAGAUUAAUUGGUUCAGCCUUAAAACGUGGUGCUAUUCUCGAAUUAGGUGGUAAUGUUCUCAGCAAAGCUCCAGGUUAUUUCUUUGCCCCAACUAUUGUUUCAAAUGUUCAUCAUGGUAUGGAAAUUCAAAGAGAAGAAUUAUUUGGCCCAGUCGUUACAGUUCAACCAGUUAGUGGUCCAACUGAAGCCGCUCUUCUCAUGAAUGAUACUCCAUAUGGUCUUACUGGUUCAGUUUAUAGUGAAGAUGCUGGUGUUGCCAACUUUAUUGCUGAAAAAUCAAAUACUGGUACCGUUUAUUGGAAUGCUUGUGAUAGAGUUUCACCAUAUCUUCCAUGGAGUGGUCGUGGUGCUUCAGGUAUUGGAGCUACUCUUGGUAUUGAAGGUAUUGAAAACUUUACUAGAAUCAAAGCUCUCCACUUAAUUGCUCCAGCUAAAGAUUAUUUCGGUAACCCAUCAAAUAGCCAAAUCGUUACUAAAGUCACCAAUUUAGUCAAUUUAGAAGAUCAAAUGGAAUCCCUCAAAAUAGCCCAAAAAGGUGCCAAUUUUUAUGAAGCUGCUGAUGGAAGUUUAAAGAAAUAUACCUUAAAUGAUGUUAAACCAAUCUCAAGCUAUGCUACCCAAGGCAAUGCUUUCCCAUUUGUAAAUGAAUCACUCUUUGAAAGUGAAGAAAAAGCUGAAGAAAAUGAAGUCAGAGACCUUCUUAAAUCAGGUAAAGUUAGAAAAGUUAACAAAGAAGAUCCAUAUGUUCCAAUCAGUUCAAUUAAAAAAGACUAAAAAAAAUAAUAUAAUAAUUUAAUAAUAAUAGUACUAUUAAUUAAAAAAAAAAAAACCCUUUUCAAAAAAAUUUAAAAAACUCUUAUAAAAUAAACUUUUUUUUU